AUGGCCAGCCUGAUCGCCAUCCUGGACCUCAAGGGCAAGCCGCUGAUCCAGCGGUCGUACCGCGACGACGUGCCCCCGGCGUACGUGGAGCGGUUCCUGCCGCUUGUGUUGGAGAUUGAGGAGGAGGGGCAGCAGGUGACGCCGUGCUUUUCGAGCCAGGGGGUCAACUAUAUGCACAUCAGGCACUCGAAUUUGUACCUCCUCGCGCUCUCAAAGCGCAACACCAACGCGUCCGAAAUCAUCAUCUUCCUCCACCGGCUCACACAGGUUCUCGUCGAGUACUUCAAAGAGCUGGAAGAAGAGUCGAUCAGGGAUAACUUUGUCAUCAUCUACGAGCUGAUGGACGAGAUGAUGGACUUCGGGUACCCGCAGACGACGGAGAGCAAGAUAUUGCAGGAGUAUAUCACGCAGGAGUCGCAUAAGCUCGAGGUGCAGGUGCGGCCGCCGAUGGCGGUCACGAAUGCGGUGUCGUGGCGCACGGAGGGGAUUAGGUAUAGGAAGAACGAGGUGUUUUUGGAUGUCAUUGAGAGUGUGAAUAUGUUGGUGAAUGCCAAUGGAAAUGUGGUACGCUCAGAGAUUUUGGGCGCGGUGAAGAUGAAGUGUUAUUUGUCUGGUAUGCCCGAGCUGCGGCUGGGACUGAACGAUAAAGUCAUGUUUGAGAGCACAGGGCGAACCGCCCGCGGCAAAGCCAUCGAAAUGGAAGACGUCAAAUUCCACCAAUGCGUCCGACUCUCGCGCUUCGAAAACGACCGGACGAUCUCCUUCAUCCCGCCCGACGGCGAGUUCGAGCUCAUGUCAUAUCGGCUCUCGACGCCCGUCAAGCCGCUGGUGUGGGUCGAGGCGUCCGUGGAGAGUCAUAAGGGAAGUAGGGUGGAGUAUAUGGUUAAAGUCAAGGCGCAGUUUAAGAGGAGGAGUACGGCGAAUAAUGUGGAGAUUUAUGUGCCGGUGCCGGAUGAUGCGGAUAGUCCCAAGUUUAGGGCGUCCACGGGGAGUGUGCAGUAUGCCCCUGAUAAAUCUGCGUUUGUGUGGAAGAUCAAGCAGUUGGGUGGAAGUCGCGAAUUCUUGAUGCGCGCGCAUUUUGGACUGCCUAGUGUUAAAAGUGAACAAGACAUCGACAAACGCGCACCAAUAACCGUCCGCUUCGAAAUCCCCUACUUCACCGUCUCGGGCAUCCAAGUCCGAUACCUCAAAAUUGUGGAGAAGAGUGGGUAUCAGGCGUUACCGUGGUUUGAGGACGGCGUUGGAGAAGGGGAGUGCGCCGAUUAUGCCGAUGUAAGAGGGAAAGAGCAAGAAGGAAGAGGGAAGAGGAAGGCUGGCGUGUAA